CGGAUACGAACGCACGGCACAGCGCAGAGACAGCACGAGAUAGAGUGAGCAUCAAGCUUAGUUUGCAAAAAACCAUGGCUCGGGCAUUGCUCUACCCUUGUCUCCUCUGCCUCGCCGUUCUCACCGGCAACGCCGCCGCGCACUCGCAGUGCCUCGACAACCCGCCGGACCUCACCGCGGGCGGCGUCGAGGCGGGGAAGGUCGUCGAUGACCUCGCCGGCUUCAAGGCCUACGUCACCGGCGCCGUCCACUCCGACAAGGCCAUCGUCCUGGCCUCCGACUUCUUCGGAUUCCAAGCGCCGCUGCUGAGGAAAAUUGCUGACAAAGUUGGUGAAGCUGGCUAUUACGUUGCGGUGCCGGAUUUCUUCAAUGGACAACCUUACACGGAAGGAGCAAACAGAACAGAGUGGAUCCAGGCUCACUCCCCGGUAAAAGCAGCCGAAGAUGCAAAACCAAUCUUCGCAGCUCUGAAGAAGGAACGGAAAUCUGUUGUUGGAGUUGGGGGCUAUUGUUGGGGCGGGAAAUUCGCGGUGGAGGUGGCAAAAACGAACGAGGUAGAAGCAAUAGUCAUUUCCCAUCCUUCAGCAGUGACCGCAGAUGAUAUGAGAGAGAUCAAGUGCCCCAUUGAGAUCCUUGGAGCUCAGAAUGAUACAACUACACCACCAAAUUUGGUAUAUCAGAUUGUCGAUGCCUUGCGUCAAAGAAGGCAGAUUCAUUACUAUGCAAAGAUCUUUCCAGGAGUAGCGCAUGGCUUUGCUUGCAGAUACAAUGAUACCAACCCGUUCGCAGUUAAGACCGCCGAACAAGAUCUUGCCUUAAUGCUUGACUGGUUCGGCAAAUACUUGAAAUGAGAAUAGCUCACCAUUCAACUUCAGUGCAAAUGUUUAAUCCAAAUACAACUUACUUGCAUCUAUAUGUAAAUGUCAUAAUCAAUCAUGGAGAUAACGUGUAUUGGCUACGAUUUGUGGGUACUUGCUUACCUUUGUAAUAUCUUCAUACUGCUACUCUAUUUGACUGAUUGUACACCGUGAAUGUAUAUGCAGCUUUACCGGUUGCAAUUUGCAUCAACUACCUACCUUUUUAUCCA